AUGCUAGUUCUGUGCUUAAUAUUCGGAUUAUGGCACUUCGGAACGCAAUGGACCACUACCCUUUUGUCUUUUUUGCAAUGGGACACUGUAGAAGUGAUGACUAUUACCGAUUUGGGCUACAUUCAGGCGUUUGGAAGCUUAUGCAAUGCUGUCGGAGCGCUUGCCUUUGGCCAGGCAAGUCAAAAUAGUUUUAUUCGCCAUAAUGAAAACAUUCAGAUGGCUGACUCUAUGGGAGCUAAAUCCAUGUUCAUGCUUUCCGCAACUUUUACCGCUGUUUAUUAUUGCGGAAUUUCCAUGGCCAAAACUUGGUACACUUUCUUCUUCCUACAGGUGAGAAACCAGUUUUCUCUGUCGCCUUUUUCUGAACUUGUAAGAAUCUUCGUCAUACUUUUUUUUCAAAACAACUCGGCUAUAAAACCUUGUUUUAGUUUUAAAAAACUGCUUUUGAAAAAAGCUAAAGUGGGAAAAGCCUCAAGUACUUCGAAUUAUAUUAGUUUGCCUCAAAAAUUUUUAUGAGGUCCUUGCUUUUUGAGAAAAAGAUCUUAUCUCUUCUUCGAAAAAAAUAUUUUUUUUUAACUCUCAAGUUUACAACGAAAUGAAGGAAGUUUGAGGUUAAUCUAAACGACUAAAAAGCUGUUAUCAGCAAUAAAAAACUCUAACCACACAGUAGUACUUAAAUAUUCUCUAACUAGCAAACUUUCUCGAAAAUAAUGAUGAAGUUAUUUCUUGCAAAGAUUUUUUACAGUACAAUAAGUCGUUUUUACCUGAUAUCUGUCGAAAAAUACAACCUACCAAGAAAAAAAAAAUUCAUAAAUAGAGCCUUAAUAAUCCAAAAGUUGUUUACCGAGGGAUUUUCCGCAUUCCGUGUUUCGCAAAAAAACUUUAUUUCGCAUUCCGCAAUUCGAAAAUUUAGUUCCAACAAUCUCUGUUUGAUGGUGGCUUCUAAUUUUCUGCCUCCUUUGUCGAAAAAAAAAAAUUGGAAGUUUUAUAUUUCGUAGUCUUCCUCGAACAAAUCGAAAACAUACAUCGGCUGGAUCCUACCCCAGCUUUUUGCGCCCGAAAAAAAAAUUUGGAAAUGUACUGAAGUAGGCCGCACUUUUGAGGAGUAGGCCGCAGUUUGUGAGGGGUAGGCCGCACCCCGGAGUGGGAUCCAGCCGACCUAUGAUCAAAAAGUACUCUGGCCCAUUUUUGAAAUAUUCUCCAGUAUGUACAGAGUGAAAUGAUCCUUGUUGGAGGGUAGAGUUUCCUAUGUAAUCUUAAUCAUUUAUUACAGGUCUUACGAUUCGGUUACCAACUGGAUGGAACGGCCGAAAUGUAUUUGGCUACGGUCACGACGGAAAGCGAACGAACAUCCGCCCUGAUGAGGCUCACAUUUCCACAGGUAUCAACGACUUCCAGUUUGGUGAUAACCGAAUGAUCCAACCAGGCGGUCGCCAUGUUCUUCGGUCCGAUCGUCGGCUCCAAGGUGGCCGCCUACACGUCGCUUAGGAUCUCCCAGUUCAUCGUUGGCUGCGUCCUGUUGGCCACUUUGGCCCCGGUGAUCAUGUUCCUGCUGCCUACGACCCACUCCAUCCCUCGACUUGCUUCUGCACGUCUGCGCCCCCAAGACUACUGGCAUAUGAUUUCCCGCAAUUCUGCUCUCAAAGUCCAUCCAAAUCUAGUAUCUCCGAAACUUUAUCAAACUAUUUGAAGGAAGGUUUGUUGAUGCGGUUACUGUUGGUGGCCUCCUACGUCUGCUACGAGAUGAUCUCUAGAAACUUUCUGCUCCGCAACUAUAUGCACAACACUAACGACAGCAUGUACGUGCUGCUCACAAUGGCUGCUGCUCUUUUGCUCGUACAGUUUGUCGUUCUGCCUAUUCUUCAGCGAAGGUCCAGCCCUCGAACGCUCCUCCAAGUGAGAUAACGAAAGAAGUUUCGAAACCAAAAGUUUCAGGUAGCCCUAAUUGGCUUGACGGCAAGCUACUUGGCCGCAGCUUUUGCAUCUUCUUUUGAACAAAUGCUCGUGAUAACGGCUAUUCAAACGGGCUCCUACGCGAUCGCCUACGCGGAGUCAUGCACCCAAAUCACCAGGUUUUUUCAUCUCAAAAAUACACCCGUUUCACUUUAUGAGAUUCAGCUCGGUAGAGUUGACCGACCUGGGAAAAGCUACAGGAUUGGCUUCAAUGGUUCAGUGGCUCACGCACUUUGUGAUUCCCCUUUACGCAGCUCAAAUUGUCGAGGUUUGCAAGAACUUGAUAGAAAAAAGUUUCAAAACACGUUUCCAGCGUCUUCACUAUACGUAUGCAUUCUACACAUCAGCUGUCCUAUCCGUAAUUCUCAUCGUCUACGUAGCGAAAUUCGCAAAGAACACUAACAAUCGAGUGGGAACACUUCUGCCUUCGCUCACCGCCACCAACUACUAA